GGGGUUGAGCUCGUGCUACUCCGUCAUUCAGGAAGUCCACACCAACUGACAGCACUUCACUUAAGUCACACCGACGUCUUCAGAGUCGGACUAAACGCUCCUGAAGUGCACCGGCUUCUGAACUACGACGAGUUCUCUGUUUUCUACAAAAAAAGGUACAGUAUUAUUCCAAACCUGAGGAAAGUCAUCAAGAUGUCAACUGUGGAUUUCAACUGAGGAAAGAAUAACGCAGAAAGAGAAGGAGACAGCAGGCAGUCUGACUCCCCCUCCACACAUUCCCUAGAGGUCUAGCUGGCCAAUGCCGGGCCCAUCGUGGACAUUUGGCGGCGGUAACAACAGCAGUGUUCAUGUGAGAGUGGUCCCUGGCGCCUAGCCCAUGUGCAGCCCAUAAUGCCGUCGUCUGCACAGAAAGGAGUGCCGAAGGACCCCGAGCUGGCUGACCUCUUCUUCAAAGAGGAUCCCGAGAAUGUAUUCUGUGACCUGCACGAGAUCGGACAUGGCAGCUUUGGAGCCGUUUAUUUUGCACGAAACUCUUCCUCCAACGAGGUGGUGGCCAUCAAAAAGAUGUCCUAUAAUGGCAAGCAGACUACCGAAAAGUGGCAGGACAUCAUUAAGGAGGUCAAGUUUUUGGGACAGCUGCGACACCCUAACACGAUAGAGUACAAAGGCUGCUACUUGAAAGACAACACUGCCUGGCUGGUGAUGGAGUACUGCCUGGGCUCUGCAUCAGAUUUACUAGAGGUUCACAAGAAACCACUCCAAGAGGUUGAAAUUGCUGCCAUUACCCACGGUGCCUUGCUAGGACUUGCUUACCUACAUUCCCAUAAUAUGAUUCAUAGAGAUGUGAAAGCUGGAAACAUUCUGCUGACUGAGCUUGGUCAGGUCAAAUUGGCUGACUUUGGCUCCGCCUCCAUUGCCUCACCUGCCAACUCCUUUGUGGGAACACCUUACUGGAUGGCUCCAGAAGUGAUCCUAGCCAUGGACGAGGGUCAGUAUGAGGGGAAGGUGGACAUCUGGUCCCUGGGUAUCACAUGUAUAGAGCUGGCGGAGCGCAAACCGCCCUUGUUCAACAUGAACGCCAUGAGUGCCUUAUAUCACAUCGCCCAGAACGACUCUCCCGCGCUGCAGUCCAAUGAGUGGUCUGACCCCUUCCGGAGCUUUGUCGACUACUGCCUACUGAAAAUUCCUCAGGACAGACCCUCAUCAGGGGAGCUGCUAAGACAUGAUUUUGUGCGCCGGGAACGGUCGCCGCAUAUUCUCAUCGACCUCAUUCACAGGACCAAGGAUGCGGUGCGUGAGCUGGACAAUCUGCAGUACCGCAAGAUGAAGAAGAUCCUCUACCAGGAGAAACACAAUGGGCUCAUGGGAGAGAGUCAGGAGGAGGAGGAGGACAGUGAGGCGGCCAGUUCUAAGAUGAACAGCCUGGGCAGCAACCACUCCAUCCCCAGCACAUCAGUCAGCACAGGCAGCCAGAGCAGCAGCGUAAACAGCAUGCAGGAGGUGCUAGACGACAGCUGCUCCGACAUGACCAUGAUGCACCCUCAGGACUAUGGCAGCACUCUGGACUCCUCCCUGCAUACCAAGAAGGACCAUCAGUACAACUGGGAUGAUGGGAUCCACAGGGACCACAGACCAGAGCCGAGACCAGCUUCUUCUGACAAGAGCAGUCAGGCCCAGAACUAUAGGAGCCAGGGCCGCUUUGCCACCAUAAAGUCAGCCUCACUGGUGACAAAGCAGAUCCACGAGCAUGAGCAGGAGAGUGAGCUGCGGGAGCAGAUGUCGGGCUACAAGCGCAUGCGACGGCAGCACCAGAAGCAGCUGAUAGCCCUGGAGAACAAACUGAAGGCCGAGAUGGACGAGCACCGGCUCAAACUGCAGAAGGAGGUGGAGACGCAGGCCAACAAUGCCUACAUCGAGCUGGAGAAGCUAGCAAAACGCCAAGCUGUGCAAACUGAGAAGGAGAUGAAGACGACGUUGGCGGAUGAGAAGAAGUUCCAGCAGCAGAUUGUGGUGCAGCAGAAGAAGGAGCUGACCACAUUUCUCGAUAAUCAAAAGAAACAGUACAAACUCUGCAAGGAGAAGAUCAAGGAGGAGAUGAACGAGGACCAUAGCACACCGAAGAAGGAGAAGCAGGAGCGUCUGUCCAAGCACAAGGAGAACAUGCAACAUUCCCAGGCAGAGGAGGAGGCUCACCUCCUGGCCCAGCAGAGGGUUUUCUAUGACAGGAACUGCCGUGCCUUCAAGCGCAAAGUCAUGAUUAAGAGGCACGACGUGGAGCAGGAACAGAUCCGAGAGGAGCUGAACAGGAAGAAAACCCAGAAAGAGAUGGAGCAUGCCAUGCUGAUCCGCCAUGACGAGUCCACACAGGAACUGGAGCACAGGCAGCUGAAGACCCUGCAGAAGCUGCGCAUGGACCUGAUACGCCUGCAGCACCAGACCGAGCUGGAGAACCAGAUUGAAUACAACAACCGACGUGAGCGCGAACUCCACCGCAAGCACGUGCUGGAGCUCAGGCAGCAGCCCAAGAACCUCAAAGCUUUGGAACUGCAGAUCAAAAAGCAGUUUCAGGACACAUGCAAGGUGCAGACCAAGCAGUACAAAGCCCUGCGCCACCACCAGAUGGAAAUAACACCCAAGUCCGAGCACAAGACGGUGCUCAAGGCCCUCAAGGAUGAGCAGACACGCAAGCUGGCCAUCCUGGCUGAGCAGUACGAGCAGAGCAUCAAUGAAAUGAUGGCCUCACAGGCGCUGCGUCUGGACGAAGCCCAGGAAGCCGAGUGCCAGGCCCUGAGGCAGCAGCUGCAGCAGGAGAUGGAGCUGCUCAAUGCCUACCAGAGCAAGAUCAAGAUGCAGACCGAGGCGCAGCACGAGCGGGAGCAGCAGAAGCUGGAGCAGAAGGUGUCGCUGCGCCGGGCUCACCUGGAACAAAAGAUUGAAGAGGAGCUGGGUUCCCUUCAGAAGGAGCGAACUGACAGGAUCAAACACCUGCUGGAGCGCCAGGAGCGGGAGAUCGACAGCUUCGACAUGGAGAGCAUGCGUCUGGGCUUCGGGAACCUGUGCACCCUGGACUUCCCCAAGGACGACUACAGAUGAGGAGCCGCUGUCUUCGCUGUCUUCGCCACCGCCGCCGCCAUCUCCGUCUCUCAUGGUCCGGGGCGUCCCGUCUGCCUCAGAACACCUUCUCUGCUCUCACCUGACCUGACAGUGCAGGCGUUUACCGCUGCUGACGUCCUCACACAAAACCACACAAAGACACACACACACACACACACACAGAAAAAUAACGGCUCUAAGGAAGCAGCACCAGUGUGUGUUUCCUGGGCCGGUCAACGGCAAACCCUCCUCAACUCUCCCACCACCCACAACCCUGACUCUCUUGGUGUCACAAGAUGACAAAACAUAUGCUGGAUGACUUCCUGUAGUUGUCACGUUUUUGUACGAAUAAUGACGACGUAAUAGUCAAGUGUUUCAUGUUUCUUGUGCAACGUUGAAAGACAAGAGACAGAGGGAGAGAAAAUUGAGGACAGUUGGACGAGUGAAAUCGCUCCACUUACCUUCCAGUUUUAGGUGUUUUCCCCCCUAAUGCAUUUGUCUUUUUGGUCUUAAGCGGUGCAACAACAACAAAACAAAUCUCUGAAAGCAAAAAAAGAAAUUCUUCUGCACUGCUUCUCUCAACACUUUGAUAUUUUGCUCAUCAGGACAUUUUUAUGACAGGUUUGAAUAAUUUGAUACUUUUGAGAGACAAAUAAUCACAGAUGACAUAAGUAGAAUUAAACAAAUGUGACUGCGGGGGAAUUUGAUUACUGAGGGGAGGGUGAAAUCAUGGUAAUCGAUGUAUCGUACCGAUUUCUCUGCACUGGCAGCCAAUGUGAACAAUAAUAAUAACAACAAUAAUAAUAAUACAUGUGAUGUGUGAACUCCCAGCUAGCACAAAGGGCUUCAUUUGUGGGGGGGGGGCGACGACUUGUACUUUGUGUAUAGAAGGAUUUAUGGAGAGCUUUUACUUAUUUUCGUAUUGUAUUUUAACUGUCACUCAUAUCAAAAAAAUAAUUUUUAAAGAUGCUUUUUUUCCCUCCCCCUGCUCCUCAGAUCAUAUUUGAGAUUCAGUCAACUAUCAAUGGGAUUUUCAACCAUUUUCGGGGGGCCGCGCGCUACACAACUUGAGAGUUGUGUAUUUUCUUACAAACCAGACCAGUAUGAUGCUUUAUUAUUGCAUGCACUUUAUUUUUUUUUCCAGGAUAAAAGAAAGCAUGAAUCUCUGUCAGAGCUUUUAAUUAUAUUUGUAAAUAAAGUGCUCAUCACACAAA